CUUGAGGCCACCAUCGCUUUGGAGUGCGUCAGUAGUGUUCUAGGUAUCGUGGGUGUAGGGUGUGUCAGUCUCUCCUCCUGAAAACAGUCGAUAUGAUGACCCAGCAGCAGUUAGUGGCGGCAAUUGUAGUGGUGCUGACGGUGUGUACGUCGUGGGGUGGCGGCGAGAAAAUUCCAACACCUCUGAUGUAUGAGUUAGGAUCCCUGGAGGCUGCUGAGGUGCCAGUACCCGACCCACGCUCUGCCUCCCCACGCACCGCCACCUUCAUCCCCGCCUCCAGUUUCAUCAACGCCGGCAAACAGUCCCAGGCCCCUGUGGAGAACGAGAUCGGAAAGAGUCCAUGUCCCCGAGGCACCCGUGGCGUCGCCUGUAGGGAGGAGCUGGCCCAGAGUGCCCUCACCUGCACCUCAGAUACGUGUGAACAGUGCCGGCAAGGUUGCUCCAACAUUUCCUCAUCAAUGUGGCCAACUUGCUGCCGAGACCACUUCCACUGCUGCCGCCAGCUGGCCUCCGCCUGCCAGCAGUGUAACAACCCUCAGCUGAUCCCCUUCUGCACCACUGCCUUCAAGAAAUGCUUCUGAACCUCCAGCACCGGAUGAAGAACUCAAUAUGAAAUGAGUUUGUCUUAAGAGCUUUUAUAAAGUUUAUGUGCAUUCCAGAGUGCAAAUACAGAGGACUUAAUAGUGGCUUUGCUUGAGAACUUUUGUGAAUACUUCUGAAUCCAGGUGUAGAUACAAAGGAGUUUUCUCUUAUACGUAGGAUUCCUUAGAUGCGGUUUAUUGUGAGACUACUGACUCGCCCAGAAUGUGUGACCACCUGCGAAGUUACUGAGCUGCAUGAUAAGUAUCCACAACAUAUAUACUGUAUGAAUGAAUGCAUAAUAUGGUAGAUUCUCCUAAGAAAAAUGAUUAUAAUUUAAUAUACCUAUACGUGUAAUCUGUAUAUUAAUGAUAAUAUUAUUUCUGUAUGUCCCCUUGACAAUUGGCAUGUUUAUUUUGCUAAUUGUCAGCUGAUAAGGGAGUGAAAAGUAUAAGACUUGUAGCAUCUGCUUGAUAAUAUAUUUAUGUACUGUA